CAGAAUUUCGUUGUUAUUUUUCAGCCUGACGCUUGACACCCAUUCGGGAGGCUGUUUUCGGGAAGAGAAGUACACUGGGCGAUAUUACAGUGGCGGUGAAUGGAGGUUAUAAUGUGUUAAUGUGUUAAAAUCGGGCUGUGGGCGAGAGGAGCAGGAGGAAAGCAAAGGGUCGAAAGCACGUAUACGUGUGGCUUCACCCGGCCAGGCUGCCACGCUGACAUGCCCACCACAGGCGCCCCCACGCGGUCCCAGGUGGCAUGCCCCACGCCACCCAUCAGUACUUAAGGCUCAGGAUGACCCAGGUCAGGAGAGUCACUUCAGAGAGUUCCUGCCGACAGCAUGUCGGGUCAAGGCUGGCUGCUGAGCCGUCCGCGACCUCCCUCCGGGCUGACCAAGCACUAAGCCUUACCGAGGACCUGUAUUGGUCCAAAUCACUGUGUUGUGAGCCGUGCUAAUGUUGGCUAUCACUCCUGUUUAAAUGUAUUCGUCUAAAUAGCCUUUACAUUCUGGUAGCAGCGGGGUAGUUGCGUCCUUUCGGCUCGCAACAUGGAACCACAGCCUCUGGGUACCGCUCGACCAAUCAGUCCGACACACGCAAUUCUACAGAACCUGUUGUCUGUACUGCAGAGUGAGCUGUUUGUAUGUCCGGCUGCAGAAGACACAAGGAAUGAUUGAAAGAUAAGCAAACCCGACACCAUUCCUCAUUGAGAUGAGGAUGCCAAUCUCACGCUGGAGUGAGGAUUCAGGUUUCAGAAAGCAUCCUUGCAGAAAACUGGACAACAAUGGCUGAUCAAGGAUUUAAGGGGAGUGGUGACGGAGGUGGGGAGUCUGGAGGCGGAGCAAGAAAUAGUACGACUAUGACUCAGGUUUGCAAAAGCACUGUGAUGUCAUGCCCAUCUCUAGAGCAAGCAUCUCUGAACAUGAUUUCUGAGGAAAUGAAGGAAAUCUUACUUUUGAAUGUGAUCAAUAGCCAAAGAGUGUUCAAUGAGCAAGUAAAGAGAGCUGUGUUGGAAGCACAAAACAGAUGUCCUGGCAUGGGAACAUGCCAAGGGGACAUUAAGCUUGCUGAUUGUAAUGGACAAAUGUCAACAGACAUGAGAAGUCCUCAGAUCAACACCUGUAAUCAACAAGAUAGAUUGGAAUUCAUAUCCAGAAAUGAGGAAUGUGUCAGUAUGAGCUUUAAUGAUAAAAAGCCAUUAAAUGCUAGCACCACCAGCUUGGAAUCCAUAUCCAGAAAUGAGGAAUGUGUCAGUAUGAGCUCUAAUGAUAAAACGCCAUUAAAUGCUAGCACCAGCAGCUUGGAAUCCAUAUCCAGAAAUGAGGAAUGUGUCAGUAUGAGCUCUAAUGAUAAAACACCAUUAAAUGCUAGCACCAGCAGCAAGCAUGACUCCAUGAGUGACACAUUCAGUUUUGAUGAAAUAUUACCGAAAAGUAGUAAUAGUGACAUACAAGAGUAUACUUAUACCAGCAACAAUGAUGAACAACAGCUUGAUUUAAAUGAUCUCUCUACAGCUGGUGAGGAGGAGCCACUGAACUCCUUUAGUGAUGAAAACGGGCUUCUGACAAUCAAUAUAGCCAUUGAUGACCGUCGUUUGGAUCUUAUUAAUUCUCUUCAAAGUGGAGUUGAUUUGAAUAAAGAUUGUCCCAGAGAUGGUUCAGCAUCCAUGGAGAAUGGGAGAACUGACAGUCAUCUUGCUCAGUCUGGGUCCAAUGAGGUAUCCUCUGAACCAGAAUCUUGUGUCAGUGCAUACCCAUGCUGCCCACAUAUGUCUUGUAUGUAUAAUCAGCCGGGAAAACUCUGCACAGUCUUAGGAAAACGAUUCAUCUUCACAAAUAUUGAAGAUGCCCCAGUACUCAUUGAACUGAAGCUAGAAAUGCUGCGUGGCCAUCCAUGUGGGUGCUUGCUUCUUUGGCGAGGGAAGGAUCCAAUACCAUUGGCUAGCCUAGGAGAUGGAACGCAAAUAUAUUUUGAUGCUGUUGUAUAUCCAAAUUCAUCCAGAUUUACAUGUUUGGUGGUCUGGCAAGGAGAGAAGCCAAAAGUAAGUGUAGAGCCAUAUUUUGAUUCCUGUGUAUUUUUGUGUGAAGUAAAGGGAGUUAAUGGGACCCUAAUAUCUUUUGAAAAAGGCAUGGGAUGUGUCAGUGCUGUUAUAGAUGGAGAAGUGAAAAUGCUCACAUUUCCUCCUUCAAUUUUUUUCAUUAAUGGAAAGAAAGUUGGGGAAAAAUCAAGAAUAAUUGAACUCCUAGCCAACAAAGAUUUGAAAGUAUGCAUGAAUGUUGUCAAAUUUGCAACAGCAGGUGAAUGUGUCUCACUUUGUUCUCGAGUUUGGAAAGGAGAGGAGCCAGCCAAUGAAAAGCUGCAGAUAGUUCCAAAUCAUUUAACUCUAUAUAGAAAUGUACAGGGCGGAUUUAUUCAGAAUAAAAAACAAGCACAUUUGUAUAUUGAUGUAGAAGCCAAUGUUAACAUGACAGAGGAUGAAUGUUAUCUACAAUUUAAUUUAGAUGGAAAUGAAAUAAGUCUGCCUUGGGUUGAUAAAAUCUUGCAUGUAAACAACAAAAAGACAAAGGCAGAUGUGACAGUAAGAAGAGUAAGGGCACACAUCUUGCGAUGGAAGAGCAACACCAACAUGACUGCUUACAGAUUCUUAAUGGUUCAAGCAUAUACAGGUAGAACACAGCAGCUAGAAACUGAUUUCCACAAGGAUGAAUCCAAAAUUUCUCAUUUGCCUAUGAAAGAAACACACAAUUCAGAGUCAGACACAUGCAUGCUUACACUUACAGAGUUAAGUGAAGUUAGUGCACAUGUAGAUUUAGAUAGUCCUGAAUCAAAUGCCAAUAAGCAUUUGUCAAGUGAGGUAGGACAAACAAAAGAUCUUUCUGUUGUUUCGUGUAUUUAUGAAACAAAAGGCUUGGAAGAUAAGGCAUUGUUAAGUGAAAAGAAUCUUAAAGGGAAGGAAGAUGAAAAAACAAAAAUGACUGAAAAAGAGAGCAUUUUCACACAGUCACAAAAGACUGAAACUCACAAGAUUCAGAAAAGGGUGAAUUCAAUUUCAGAACUGAUCAUUAAAAGCCAAAGCAUGGAAGUGGAGAAAAGUGUCAAAAAGAAUAUAACUCAGCCCACAAAUACUGAACAACUAGGCUUGUGUAAUGAAGAAACUCUGCUGACAAAUUCAGAGUUAGUAGCAGCAAAGCCAAAAAAGGAAAAGGAGGUGAAAAUAAAAGAAAAAGGAGUGAAACUGUCAUCAAAGUCCAAGACACAAAACCUAUUUCUGAAGGAGACUUCAGUCACACAAGAGGAGCCAAAACCUCUUACUUUUCAGUCCACAUUACUGAAGAUUAAGUCAAAGAGGGACAAACCAGCCUUACUAAUGAAUCACCCUGGGACCUUGCUGUGGGACACAAGCCGUUCAGUGUUUGUGAUAUGUACUAAAAUUCCAUUUGGGGACAUAAAGUUUUCAAUUGGUGAAAAGGUUUGCUAUAUUUCAAAGGGGAAUUUUACUAUACCUGCAAAAUCCCCUAAUCCAAUACCUGUUAUGCUUGAUGCAUUUUACAUUGGUUUGUCAAACUAUCGUUUAGUUGCUUUAUGGAGUGAUGCAAAGCCACCUGCUGCACGAACAGGCUCAACUUACUAUUAUUAUGAAGUUCCUGGAGUAAUAUUAUGCAUUGUAGAUAAGGUUGUUCAUUUUCAUGCUUAUUUAAACAAAGAUGAAAGUAUUAUAAUGAGUGCACCUGUGCCAAAAAGAGUUUUUUGCUCCAAAGGAGAUGAAUUCACAAGCAAACUCUUGGAGAGAUUUCUCAUCCGGGUUCAUCUUAAAGUACCCAAAAAUUCAAUUAGUGUGACUGAUUGCCAGAUUCUCCUUAUGGUUGUGAUGGUGAGAGAUGGGAAACCAGUGAUAAUAAAAGACAUUCUGAAUGGAAGAAAAUUAACUGAUCUAAAAAGUAGCUCAGAUGUCACAAAUGUUUUUGACAUUAAGAAACUGUCAGAGAGCCAGGCACUCCUUGAUCAUCAAUCUACUAUGAGGGACAAGAAGAUCACAGAAUUAAAAGACUUGCCAGAAUACUUGAGAAACUUUACUGGUAUCAUUGUUGAAAAGAAGGAAAUGGGGAAAGUUAUACUCUGUCAGUUACCAAGGGAAGUAGUUUUCAUACACUUUACUGGAUUUGUUUUUGUAGAAGGAUGUGCUGUUCACAGAAGCAAGAUUCAAUGUGGAACAGUUGUACAGUUUGAUGCCUUUAUAAAGAAAGGUGAUGUUACAUCAGAAUAUGAUGCAGUCUUUGUCUGGACUGGAAGGAGAGUUGAUGGAUUUGAAUUAAAAGAUGGUUGUAGAUAUUUCUUUUAUGUAAGUGGAAAAUAUCUUGGAAAGAGGAAUCGUAGGAACUGCGAGUAUAAGCUGGAGCUUGAUGGCACUGUGUGUUCUUACACUUGUCAAAAAACAGGGAAUGUGAUACUCCCAAAUGGAAAGAUAGGUGCUUAUCCACCUCCUGAGAGCAGGGUUAGUGUUCACUUAAUGCUCAAAAGGAGUGGUGGAUCACAUGAAGUUGUGACACUCUUUGUGUUUGUUGAAGAGAGGAUACAUGUGUCUGAGCAGCCACCACAAGGGGAACUAGAAAUAGAUGACUCCUAUUGUAUAUAUAAUGGCUUAGGAGAAUUAGUUAUAAUGGAAGAAGAUAGCAGAGCAUUAAAAGUUGCUACAAAAAAGACAUUUUUCCUCAAGUUGAGUAACAUGCAGCGUGUUUUCGUUAACAGUGAAGUGAAGAGCAUUACAGAUUUAAAAGAAGGUUCACUGAUAUCAUUUGAUGCAGUACAUAAGCACAAUGCUGUUUUGUUGUGGAUUGGAAGUAAACCAUCCUUUUAUGAACAUUCACCAGAUGUUCAUUAUGCCUUCAGUGUUGAGGGUGUUUUAGUUAGUGCAUCACAAAAAGAGACUUGGAAAGUACAAAUGAGCUUACAAGGUCAGAUUGCUACUCAUGACCUCAACAAAACAGGAUUGAUUUAUUUUAAGGAUGGAAGAAAUGCAAAAAAUGCUUUACAGGUCGGAGACUCACUGAUACUGCAUUUGAAAAUUACGAAAACAGGGAAGAGAACAAAGAUGAUACCUUUGUUUAUACUUGUUACCAGAUAUGAGAACCCUGAUAGACUUGACCUAGUUCCCCAAGAAAAGGAGCAGAAACUUUUUAUUAAAGUUGAAGAUCAGAUUGUGGAUCAGCCAGAUGGUAAAAUGCUACUAAGAAGCCUGGCUAAAGAUACAAUUACAAACAAAAUGAUUUUGGAACAAAAUCAGGAGGCAACUUUUGACAGUCCCAUAAAGUAUUCUAUUUUUGAAGGCAUACUAGAAAAGAUGGAGAAUGGGAAAUAUCAAUUUAUUUGUCACUAUGAAAAUCAAGAGGAUUGUAUAGUUCUUCCUGUUGAUAUUCCACUAGAGCAGACUGUGAAGCAAAAACAUUUUCCAUUCUACAUGAUCAUUCACAUAAACACAUAUAAGGAAAAGGCAAGGUCUUUCCAUCCAGUCUGUGGAUGGUUCAAGAAAACAGCUUAUGAAGUCCACCUACUACACAAUCUCCAGUUUGAGAGUGUGUGUUUUAAACAAAAGCUCAUUGGGCUAAGAGAAGACACUAGUGGGAAAUGCUCACAUUUUAGCCUUGAGACUCCUUUCAUUUAUAUAGGGAAAUCACAUGUCCUUUUGCAUGAGUUCACACACUCAAAUGUGCAACAGCUUCAUGCUGUUGUAAAAGAUAUCCCUUUAACAUUGAAAGAAGAUAAAUAUAUCACCAAACAUAUUUUGUUUCUAACAAGCAAUAAUAUGUUGUCAAAGACAGCACUUCGAUUCUUAGCAUUAUCUGAAGUUGACCAUGAAUUUGAUAUAAGCACACAUGGCAAGCAAUGUCUUACUUUGGCUUGUGCCAAGAUGUUUACCCAGCCUCAGGAAGAGGAGGUGCCACUUUCUCAUGUUUGUGAUGAGAUUUCAGACUCAGAAGGCAAACUUACAUAUAAAAAUAUUAGAAUACUACCAAAGCCUGCUUCAUGUAUCACCUAUGGCAUGUUUAAUACCUGUGCUGUUAUGGAUUCAUAUGCAGUGUUGUACUCAAAGAACAGGAAAGUUAUUGUUGGCCGGGGAGACUUAUAUUGUGGUGGCCAGAAGGUAGAGAGCCACCUUCCUUUGCACAAGGUUCUUCAUGUAGGGUGUGGUGUUGCAGCCUAUGCCAUAGAAAUGAAGGAGCCUAUCCGUACAGGGCCUAUCCGUACACCGGACUUUCUCAUCUCUGAAGUAGCUGUCUUUGCCUUCAUUGGUAAGAAACCAACCCAGAGCCAAAAAAUUAUGGAUGAAUGGAACCUCUCACCAGGAAAAUAUCUGUGGCUUCCUGGCAAAUUGGAGGCAAAGACAUUUACACUUGCCAUCAGUGUAUAUGAAGCAUUCCUCUGUGAAAAGAAGUUACAGCUUGAUCCAUCAGCAGCAGUAACAGUCAAAAAGAAUGGAAAGGCAAAAGCACAAAAGGUUCAGGAAAGACAAAAAACCUAUAUCUCCAUCAACCCCAAAGAAGAAAAUGACUGUGCCACCAGUGGAGAGAGCAUCAGCUGAGAAGAAUCCAACAGAUAAUACAUAGAAGUAGAGUAUGAGAUGUGUGACGACAUGACUAGUUUGAAGGGCAUCUGGGUCGGCAGUAAUCUUCCCUUGGAGCCGUCAGUCCUAUAUGACAAGCUGGAGAGAUGGUGCCAAGAGUACAAUGUCCCGCAAGAAUUGACAUUUAAAUUACUGUGUGCGGCAGGAUGGUUACCAGAUGAUCUUGAUCCUGUAAUAGACUUCGACACUGAUAAGGAGAUCGUAGAGGUUUUACCAACAGGCUGGAAAGUUAAAAAGAAUGAAAAAAAGGGAAGGAAAAAGUGAAAGUUGUAUCUUCUAAUGCAGAGCCGUGCUUAACUCUUUCGCUGCGUUAACCUUUGGAGCGGCAUCAGAAUUAUAUGAUAUAAUAAUUUUGUAUUUACACUAAUUGCGGAUAACACUAUUUUUCAUAUAAAGAUUAGCAUAUAAAAGUUAAUGUGGAAGAAAAAAAGUGCAAUUGUAUCAGUAUUUAAUCGGUAAAAAAAAUAUUUAUAGCGGUGAACGUAUGUUGCCAAAUGUAAGAUAAUCCCGUUUUCUGUUAUUGUGGGUCCCUUUUUCUGUUAUUGUACAUUCAGCCUUCCUUUUUUGUAAGCAAUAUAUAUAUAUAUAUAUAUAUAUAUAUAUAUAUAUAUAUAUGACUGCUGCGAUAGUCGCCUCGCGGCGGUCGUAAAAAUGCCUGCGCUCUGACUGCUCGCUCGAG